AUGAAUCUACAGUUUGUAAUUACUCACAGAAGUUUCCAGAAGGAUAAAGAUGAAAAAUAUAUUAGUACAGAAUUUCAUAGUCUAAGUGAUCUUUUAAUUAUUGACGAUGUGGAAAAUAUAGAUCCAGAAAAUUCAUUUAUUCUUCCACCACAUCAUAGAUGUACGAGUCAUACAUUGAAUCUUAUAGCAGUAAAAGAUUCUGAUAAAGCUUUAAACAAUAAUGCUAUAUAUAAAAAGAAAUAUAGAAUAAUAUUCGCUAAACUAAUAAAACUUUGGAAUAAGCAAAAUCAGUCAACACAAGCAGCUGAUAAAAUAAAGGAAAUUUGUGGUGUUUAUUUAAAAACUCCUGUAAUUACCAGAUGGAACUCUACUUUUGAUUCAGUACUACAACUAGUAAAACUUUUGAAAAAUGAUUCCGAAAAAAUUAAUCAGUGUUUGGAUUAUUGCAAUUUGCAAAGACUAACAGAAAAUGAAAUUAAAUUCCUAGAAGAAUAUUGUCAGAUUAUGGAACCUUUGGCCCGAGCUUUGGAUAUAAUACAGGGAGAAACAGGGAUGGGAUUUUUACUACCAGUUCUGAAAACUUUACAAGAAAAAAUGGAAAAAUUCAACAAAAACGGAUUUACUCAUUGUCAGGCGCUUAUUACAGCUGUUCAAGAAGGUUUAAAUAAAAAGUCGAGGAUCAAUAAAGGAACAAUCAUUAUUAUUGCACAUUUGAAGACCGUUAGGAUGUGGGCCAUUAUCGGAUUCGUCAAGGUCACAACACUGAUAACGAAUUGGUGCUAUGUUUGCCAGUAA